CGAUUAUUUCGUUUGUAUGUUGUGUAUCUAUACUGACUUUUACAUCCUACUUGGAUUGUGGAUUGAAAUCUCGGAGGCCCAAGUACUUCGGGGAUGAUGGCGCGCUCGCGCUCAUCGUCGGCAAGGCAGAAACGCAGACACUCCUCCACAUCAUCAUCAUCGAAGUCACACGAGGUGAAGAAGACCAGGCGAGGGAGAUCAAGGACUCCACGGGAUCGACGCCACAAGUCAAGGUCACCAUCCAUACGGAAGAGGAGACAUGCUGAAUCCGAGUCCCCGAGGCGAUUUGGGAGACUGCAGUGGGAGCAGAGGAGGAAUGACUUCCCUCCUCCAGAGAAGAGAACCUGGUUCACUGCAGAUUUGAAGGAAGAGAUUUUCACACUUCGAAGGGAGUUAGAGAAAGUGAAGAAGACAGUUGAACUGUUGCAUACUAAGGUAGCCGAAUGCAUGAAGAUAGUGCAAUCAGGCAAAGGGGAGACAAGUGGUGGGAGACACGAGAAGAGUCAGGUGGAUGGACAGAGCAAGGAGGUAGAGAAGGAGAAGCAUCAAGUUUCUCCGUCAGAACUCAAAGCAAUGAUAGACAAAGCUCUCAAAUCAGCUCUUCCACAAAGUACAGUUGGGGAAUCGAGCAAAGCACCACAAGUUGGUACGGCUACUGAACGACCAGCAACGGAAGAAGGAAACAUGGAGAAGUUAGUAUCAGAGAUGCGCAGAGACGUCAACGAGAUUAAACUGAUGAAGUAUGAUCUCGCAGCGGUGAAGGGAACAUUGAAGAAAAUCAACGAACCUACACGUACCUGCAUGUUUCAUCGACUGUUAAUCCGAACAUGUAUCACGGAUUGAUGAUGAUUGGAGCACCUACCUCAGUUCACGUGAGCAGAGGAGCCCCUACACGAAGCGCACCAAGUC